GAACAAAGAAUAGCGGUAAUUAUGGAUAGCGAAUUUGGAGUGAUGAGAAAUGCUAGUAAAUAUUUAAAGACACUAAUCAGAACAUGAAUUUCUUAACUAUUCUAUAAAUGUAAACAUUAAAUAUGAAUAUCGAAAACGAAGAUUCUUCAACUUCGAUUGAAGUUAAGUCGAAUGGAACUGUAAAUAUAGGAUUAAAUCCAAGAACACCACCAAACUGUGCACGUUGUAGAAAUCAUCGUUUAAAAAUUGCUCUCAAAGGUCACAAAAGAUAUUGCAAGUAUCGGAACUGUAACUGUGAAAAGUGUAUACUCACGAAGGAUCGUCAAAGAGUUAUGGCGUUACAAACUGCGCUUAGGAGAGCUCAGGAUCAAGAUACUUCAAGAGUUCGGAGACCUGAAGAGGUGGAACCUCGGCCAUUGACUCUAGAUCGAGAAAGACUAAUUACAGCAUCUCAACCUACGCGUAGUUUAGAGGGUAGUUGCGAUAGUAGCAGUGCAGAUUCACCAAUAAGUAAUCAUGGUAGUACUGGUAUCCAUAUUGUCAGUGUUCCAAACUUACAGAAGCUGUCACCGACUCUAAACAACCAUACAUCCUCAACUACGCAAAUAUCCGAACCCAGGAGUUGUGA